UCUGAGAUAGUAUGUUUUCCUUCUUAAUUAUGGAGUUGGGUCUCCACAAUAUUCCCUUACCUGCAAUCUUGUCCUUCUUUCUCUUCUUGUUCAUGGUGUUUAGCAUAGUUUGGAGAUCAAAAACCAAGCCUUCAAACUCCAAGUUACCACCAGGACCCGCAAAAUUGCCUCUUAUAGGGAACAUGCACCAGCUUGGUGCAAUGCCUCAUCAAGGCCUAGCAAAAUUAGCAGAGAAAUAUGGACCUCUGAUGCAUAUGAAACUUGGUGGACUUUCCACCAUAGUGGUGUCUUCCCCUGAAAUGGCCAAAGAAGUUAUGAAGACACAUGACAUCAUCUUUGCAAAUAGGCCUCAUCUUCUUGCUGCAGAUGUUGUAACUUAUGGUUCAAAGAGCAUGAGCUUUUCCCCUUAUGGAAGUUAUUGGAGGCAGAUGAGAAAGAUUUGCACUUUGGAGCUACUAACUACAAAGCGUGUUGAAUCAUUUCGAUCAAUUAGGGAAGAGGAGGCAUCAAAACUUAUCAAAGAUAUAAGUUUGAGUGAAGGGUCAUCUUUCAAUCUCAGUAAGGCGAUCAAUUCAUUGACAUGUAACUUAACAUCAAGAGUAGCCUUAGGAGGCACAAUCAAGGACCAAGAAGCAUUCGUAGCUGCUAUGAAAGAUGUUUCAAAAGUAAUGACUGGUUUCUCUAUAGCUGACUUGUAUCCUUCCUUUGAAGUGCUUCAAUUUUUGACAGGAAUAAGGUCCAAAGCUGAGAAGCUUCAUCAUGAAAUAGAUAGGAUACUUGAGAAAAUUGUAAGAGAUCACCAAGACACAAGUUCAGAAACAAAGCCAAUCAAUGCAAAGGGAGGGGAAGAUCUUGUUGAAGUCCUGCUAAAGCUUCAGAAGCAGAACAACCUUGAGCAUCCUCUGUCAGACAGCAUUAUCAAAGCAACUAUGUUUGAUGUCUUCGCUGGUGGAACCAGUACAACAGCGAGAACCUUAGAUUGGGCAAUGUCAGAACUUGUAAAAAAUCCAAGGAUGAUGGAAAGAGCACAAGCUGAAAUAAGAAGGGUCUUUGAUGGUAAAGGGCGUGUAGAUGAAGCUAAACUCCAUGAACUUAAAUACUUAAAGUCAGUUAUCAAAGAAACCUUGCGUCUACAUAUUCCUCUUCCAUUAUUACUACCAAGGGAAUGCAGUGAGAGAUGUGAAAUCAAUGGUUAUGAGAUACCACCUAAGAGUAAGGUCAUUAUUAAUGCUUGGGCAAUUGCAAGGGAUCCAAACUACUGGGUUGAAGCUGAGAAGUUCUAUCCAGAAAGGUUCCUUGAUAGCACAGUUGAUUACAAAGGUACAGAUUUUCAGUUUAUCCCAUUUGGUGCUGGAAGAAGGAUGUGUCCUGGCUCUAUAUUUGGCGUUGCUACUGUUGAACUCUUACUAGCAAAUUUGCUUUUCCAUUUUGAUUGGAAGAUGCCUGAUGGGAAUAAGCCUGAAGAACUUGACAUGACUGAAUCAUUUGGUGUGUCUGUAAGAAAAAAACAUGAGUUGUACCUGAUUCCUUGUAUUUAUCACUCAUCUGUUAAUUAAAACCACUAAGAAGGAAUCUUGUUAAUUUAUGCUCACAAUAAGUGGUUGUCACUACGUUAUAUGUUGAUGAAUAGUCUGUUACGCUAUGUUUGCUACAGAAGCAUUUUAACAA